AUGGCUCUCCUUCCCGCCGGGACGACGGUUGAGGGACUCCAGAAGAUCGUCAAUGGGGACAGACCUGCUGACUCGGGUGCCAAGAGGCCGCGGGCGUCGGCUAGGUCCAAGGAGGAGAUUCGCGAGGAGCGAGAAUCUAAGUACCGAAACCUCAUUCCCAUCGCCGACAUCGUCUUGUGGAACGCGAUGAAUGAAAUAAUCAUACCGACGUUUAUUCGAAGAGGGAUUCGCGUUCACCAGCUCUUACAGCGCCGAUUUGCCACCAUGGCCAGGAUCGUCAUCCUCCAGGUGUUCAUCCUCGGAGGUGAAAAGAAAAGCCGCCAUCUCACCCGGUGCCAUUACCACACCGUCUUCGACCACCAGUCCGAAAGGAACGACGAGGAUGUGCGAGGUCGGGUGACCGGCGUUUACACUCGGAAAAUCGAGCAAGUGGCUGCUCCUGCGCUUCUCCAGGCAAAGAUGCCUAUUCAGAUGUCGCCUAACGUCACCCUAGCCGAAGGAUCGGUCGAGUAUCCCACCAAAGGACCCGUACGUGCCAACAACCUCACCCUCGACGAGCUCCUUGAGUUCUACCCCCGUCACCCGGACACCGACGCUCGGCUCCUCCACUGCGGAUGUCUUCUCGAAGACGUCCUGCUCAACUUCUUUCUGUGGAAGACAUUCCCCACCCUCUGUUCGCCCACCAUCGAAAGCGAGCCCUACGGCCCCCCGAUCGACCCUCGACAACGCACGUGGCUUUGCAGCAUCGUGCGAGGGCUUGGUGUUGAUCUCGACGAGUUGUUCGAGUUCGACAUAUUUGGAAGGCCUCAAGAUAGCCACGGUCGCGUAUUCGAGAAGAUCAGCCGCCUCUGGGGCACGAUUCGAGGCCAGGCCGAGCGCCCUCUCGUCCUCCCUGCUAUCCAACCUGUUCCUCAGGCCAGGAAGGUCCAGAAGGAGCUUUUGGGUCUCGUUCUUUCGAUCGAGUACGAUGUGGACGGCGGAACAGAGGAGAAGGAGUGGAGGAAGGUGCAAGAGUCAUUGUCGGCAUUCUGCGAUAAGAAGAAGAGGAAAAGGACCGUGAAGUACGAGAGCGAGGACGACGAUGAUGAAGGCGAGGGUGGUAGGAGCCGCGAGAAGGAGAGGAAGCGAGACAAGGAGAGGGACAAGGAGAAGGAGAAGGAGGAGAAGAGGCGCAGUAAGGAGAAGGACAGGGACAGGGAGAAGGACAGGGACAGGGAGAAGGACAGGGACAGGGAGAAGGACAGGGACAGUGAGAAGAGGCGCAGUAAGGAGAAGGAGAGGGACAGGGAGAAGGAGAGGGACAGGGAGAAGAAGCGGGACAAGGAGAAGAAGCGGGAGAGGGAGAAGGAGAAGGAGAAGCAGAGGGAGAAGAAGCGAGAGAAGGGGAAGGAGAAGGAGGUAAAAAAGUCCAAAAAGCGAUCCAGGUCUUCUUCCGUCGACUCCUCUAACGCUGGCCCUUCUCGCCGCGAUCGUAAGAAGAAUCGUGUAGGCUCUGACUCGGAGUAA